UUUUCUUCAAUCUACUAGAAAGUAUCUAAGGAAAGCAGUUGCUCCUGUUUCUAUGACUGUAUUGUAUUUUACCUUAGGAAGAAGACAUAUUUCGAGUUGACAGCAGAUCUCUUCCUUUUUAUUUCUUUUUCUUCUUUUAUUUACAAUUUCUUCUGUUUUUUUUACAAAUUACCAAACGUGAAAACUCGGUGCUUUCUCGGUCACCUUUGAUCCAAAUCACCGAGUUUUCCGAAUGGAUUUGAAGUCGCAAGGAAGCAAGUUGUUGUUUACUACUUGAACCGUGUCAUGACUGCAGAACCGGAGAGGUUUCAAAAAGCGACUUGUUCGCUGCCUUUUUUAGAUACAAAGUCUCGGAAGCUUGUAGGUGAGCUGUUACAGCCGUCUCUGCCUUUUAUUCAGUUACAUUUGGGUCAACUUGAGCAACGCGCGAUUCAGUCACAUAACCACGUUCCACCAAGCAAAGAUGGAAAUACGAAAGCACAUUACUUGCUCGCUGGAAGUGGAAUUAAUGCAGAGAGAACUUGGAAGAAGAUUGAGUCGCUGUCGCUACAUGCGAAGCCUCCUACCACUCUCGAGCUUUCUUUUACUGACGUAGACAUGUUUUUAAAGUAUCAAAGAGAGAAAAAUGUGCUACAUUCACUUGAAGCGCUUAUUCAGGAUGCGCAGUCUCAGUUUGACAAGUAUCUGGAAACAGAGUGGCAGGGAAAGAAGCCAGGAGUAAGGAAAUCUCCCGAUACUUUUACCCCUCAAGAGAAAAAGCUAGUGACCGUUACCCAAAACAAUGCUCGCAGUCAGGCAUUUGCAGCAUCAUUAAAGUCUUGUUUCUCCGAUGUUUCCCAGCCUUCUCCUGGCUCGAAUUAUAUUUCCUCUUUUUGCCAGGUUGCGAAAGGGCUAUCACAAGACACGAAAUCUCUUCUCUUGUAUGAAACUUGGAAUCUAUUGCGUUCGUUCAUUUCUCAUGAUGGUUCUUCCGAUCCUUCAUUCGGACCCAAAUCACAGUUAUUUUCCUUCUAUGAAGAUAGCCCUUCUAAAGUUCGUCUAAAUCAAAGAAUAAUCAACUGCUCUCGACGUUUUUUGGAAAAACAAUUCUUCGACGUUGUUAAUAAAGAAAUCGCAAACAACCCUCAGGCUGCUUCCAUUGGAGGUGUACCUUCUGUCGUAAAUAAAAUUCGUGCAUAUAUUAACAUUCGUUUCUCGAAGAAUGGUGUUUGGGCGAAUUCGAAUAUUGAGUAUUUAGGGGACUUGCCUAUUUGGGCGUUCCUCUUCUAUCUGCUGCGUGCGGGCUUUUUGGAUGAAGCCGUCACGUAUGCUGAGCAGAAUUACACCUUUUUUGAAGAAAGACAAGCCGCCGAUUUCCCUACUUAUUUGAAGGCUUAUUUGAAAGCUCCAAAUUCAGUAAUUCCUAAAGAGUUGCGAAACAAACUCUUUUCUGAAUUUAAUCAGACGCUCCGUUUCCAAGAAGAUUUUGAUCCUUUCAAAUAUGCCAUGUAUAAAAUUAUCGGCCGUUGUGAGCUUUCUAAGACAUCUUGUCCCUCGGUUUGCUUCGUGACUGAAGAUUACAUUUGGUUGCAGCUCACCCUUGCAAGGGAAUUUACUGAAAAGAAUGUUGCCGCCCACGAAUGUUUUUCUCUGCAAGAUGUUCAAAAAUUGGUAUUGUCUUACGGCCCUGAUUAUUUUACUAAACAAGGCUCUUAUCCUGUGAUGUAUUUUUUCCUUUUAAUGUUAUGCGGUCUUUUUGAACGCGCUAUUGAAUUUUUAUAUCCUUAUUAUCCUACAGAUGCUGUUCAUUUUGCUAUUUCAUGUGCGCAUCACGGCUUGCUGCAUACAGCUCCUCCGAAAUCUUCGCCUCCUCUUGAUACUUUACUUGUGAAUGAUACUUCAGAACAACCAAGCCUACGAUAUGAAGCAAUGUUGAUGAGCUACGUAAAAGGUAUGCAAGAAUUUGAUGCAGUUACUUCUGCUUGUUAUUUAAUGAGUAUGUGUGAAGUUGCAGAAUAUGCUUUUGUCUGUCAUGAAGCUCUGAGUAAUCUAAUCCUUAUUACCCGUGAUUAUGUUAAUUUGGUUGGUGACAUUCGUGCUGAUGGAGAACGUAUUGCUGGAUUUUUGGAAAAUCGCUACUGGGUAUUAAAACUUUCCUCUCAGGAAGAGUUUCUGGCAAAAAUUACUUUACACUCUGCUAAGGUUGCUGAUGAUCAAGGAUUAUGGUCAGACUCAAUCUUACUAUAUCAUUUAGCUGAGGCUUAUGAUACUGUCAUUUCCGUUGUUAAUCGAAGUUUGGGUUCUGCAUUAUUAGGAUUUAUGGAACAAGGUGUAUUCCCAGACAAACUUAUUUCGUUAGUCAAAAAUAUGAUGAAUGUUUAUGGAAAGAAUCCUUCCAUCUACAGCAAAAUAAAUUACAAGAAUAGAGAGACAACGGAUUUGUUACUACUCACUGUGGAAGCUUUCCAUGCUUUUGUUAACAAAGAUUAUGAACAAGUCUUGUCUGCUUUACAACAACUGGAAAUUUUGCCUCUGGAUACUGAGUGUGAUUCGCAUGUGGUGCGUAAGCUUGCAGCUGAAUUUCGUUUUCUCAAUGACAGCCUGCUACACAAUAUUCCCGGAAUUAUUUUGGUCGCUAUGAAAAGUAUUAAUGAGCUUUAUAAAAAGCAGAAGUUGUCUGCUUACAACAACGAUUCAAUAGCGAACACAAAGUUACAGUUCUAUCGUAUGAAGGCACGAAAAAUUGUAAUGUACAGCUCAUUAAUAGAUUUUCGUAUGCCUUCUCACGUGUUAGAACAAUUGAAUCGCUGUGAAAUUGAAAUGACCUAGAUCGCUCUUUCUCUUACGUUUUUGUUUUUGGUUUGAUAAAUUCAGCGUCUAUAGUAAAUCAGGUUAUCUAAGGAAGUGUAUUUAUGCAAUGCAUCAAUGUAUAAUAUAAUUAUAAUAAAAAUUAUUUCUUGAACAUAUUAGAAACACUAUCCCAUCUGGCCUGCAAUUGAG